CUCAAACCGACUCCAAGAUUUGGCUCUGUGAAGAUACUAACUUCCAAAAUUCGCAAAACCCUAAAUCUUUCUCUACCUCCCUCCCCAUCAAAAUUUAUCAGCCAUGCCGCAAGGAGAUUAUAUAGAGCUUCACAGGAAGAGACAUGGCUAUCGCCAUGAUCACUUCGAGCGCAAGCGCAAGAAGGAGGCGCGAGAAGUUCACAAGCGCUCUCAGAUUGCUCAAAAGGCUUUGGGUAUUAAGGGCAAGAUGUUUGCUAAGAAACGUUAUGCUGAGAAGGCCCUAAUGAAGAAAACAUUGGCCAUGCACGAGGAGUCUUCAACUAGGCGCAAGGUCGAUGAUGAUGUCCAAGAAGGAGCUGUCCCUGCUUAUCUUCUUGAUCGUGAUGCAACAACAAGAGCAAAGGUUCUUAGCAAUACUGUCAAGCAAAAGAGGAAAGAGAAAGCUGGAAAAUGGGAAGUGCCUCUACCUAAGGUCAGACCUGUAGCUGAAGAUGAGAUGUUUAGAGUGAUCAGAUCUGGGAAACGGAAGACUAAGCAGUGGAAAAGGAUGAUCACUAAAGCCACGUUUGUAGGACCAAGUUUUACAAGGAAACCUCCGAAAUAUGAGCGUUUCAUCCGUCCCUCAGGGUUACGAUUUACCAAAGCCCACGUGACUCACCCUGAACUUAAAUGUACUUUCAAUUUAGAAAUUAUCGGCGUAAAGAAAAACCCCAACGGUCCCAUGUAUACCUCUUUAGGCGUUGUAACAAAAGGAACCGUUAUUGAGGUGAAUGUUAGCGAACUUGGUCUGGUCACCCCUGCUGGGAAAGUUGUGUGGGGGAAAUAUGCACAAGUUACUAAUAAUCCUGAAAAUGAUGGCUGCAUUAAUGCUGUUCUGCUUGUCUAGAAGAGGAGAAAGCUGUCGUCAGCUAAUUUGUACCCGAGUAACUUUUGGACAAGUUCUGUUUGGGUGACACUGAGUUAUUUUGAAAUGCACCAUAAUUUUGUUUAAGCCUUUUCACUGUUUUGGUUUCCAUGUUAGAUUAUUAGCAGUUUUGUAUAAUAUGCAAAUUGAGUUUUUCUUUGUGGAUAUUUUUCUCUGUUUUUGGUA